GAGGGAGGUCUUAAGACAGUGUGAUCCAUCGGUACCGGUCUCUUUGUUCAUAUUUCAGCUUCCUCUUUCUCUCACACCCUCACACAUAUCCUUUCAUACACACACACACACACACACAUACACACGCAAAUGCACACACUUCUUGUCUCGGAUUGAAUCUGAGCACAGAACAACCUUCUCUAUUUGGUUUUAAAGAAUGCCAGUGUGGGGGCUUGGAGGGUCCAUUCUGUUCAUGCUACCUGUUCUUCUUUUCGGUGUGUGGGCAGUGCAUGUGGCAUGCUCCUCGGGUCCUCCCCCGGCUCCGGACUUGCUGCCCGUGCCUGGGUGCGGCUCGGGCAUGACCCUGCGGUGCCGCGCCCCGCACGGCCACUUGAGCCUCCAUUUUCGCCUGUACCGUGUGCAUGAGCUGGUGGACUCUGUGUCGUAUGAAACCCCUCAACCACAGGCUGAGUUUGUGCUCCAGGGCGGCACUGUGGAGCCAGGGAGUCUGUACUGUUGUCAGUAUGGGAACAGCAUGUUCAGCAUCUACACUCGCAUCAAAGCCCCACCAUGUCCCAUCAUGCCCCCUGGGCCGCCUCAUCUCUCAGUGACGCCCCCUGCUGGCCGUGUCCUGCCCGGUCAGGUGCUGGAGUUCCAGUGCCAGACUCCUCCCUCUGUUCCUGCUCCUGUGGCCUUUUUGCUGCUGAGGCAGCUAGCGGGACCUCAGGAUCCAGCAGCACAACAGAGACACGUGGUGGGCCAGUCCGCCUCACCCCGAUUCCAGGUGGGUCCGGUGGGCCAGGGCGAGGAGGGCAUUUAUACCUGCCUCUACCGGAUCGACAUGCAGGAGGGAGUUCAGGACUCUGUCCCCAGUUCACCUGUGUCCAUCAUUUUAGCAGCACACCUCCCAGUGCCACAGCUGUCUCAGGAGAAGGAAGGGGUGCUGGUGUGCAUGGGGUCUCCCUCCUACCCUGGGGCCAUCUUCUCUCUGUUUCCCCAAGGCACUCCAUCACCUGUGGCAACACUCACCGCCCCUGUGAUUAAGCACAGUGCUCAGUUUUCAAUGCCAGAUCUACAGAGGGAAAGGGGCGUGUACCAGUGUCAGUACAGCGUGCUGCUGGGUAAAGACUGGGCUCACUCUGAGCGCAGCGCCCCCCUCACUGUUUCCUGUACGACAGGGUCUCCAUCCUACGGCAUUUUCCCAAAAGACAAAACACACCGCCACACAGCAGGGCGAGCCCACCUGGCACUGGUCAUCGGCUCCAUCUCAGCCGCCCUGCUCUUCUUGCUUGUGCUGAUUAUACUGGGCUUCACCAUGUACAAACACGCUAAAGCAGCAGCUAUGAAACAUCAGCAGAGGGAACCAGAUCUGUUUUGUUUACACUCUGAGAACCAUACCGUAGAUCUCACUCUGCGUCCACUCUCCAUCAACACAAUGGGAUUUGGAUCAGAAAAUGGAAGAUGUUCUGUCUCAGAGCCCAUCUAUGAUUAUCCACUAUCUACAUUUACCAAACCUCAGUACAACUGAGUCUCUGUCUCUCUCUGUAUUUACAUUUACCUGAUACUUUUAUACAAAGCAACUUACAAUUAUGAGUGUGUAUAACUACAGCAAUUGAGGGUUAAGGGUCUUGCUCAGGGGCCCAACAGUGGCAGGAUUCAAACCAGUGACCUUAUGAUUACAAGUCAAGUACCUUAACCACUGAGCUACCACUGCACCUAUAGGAAACUAACUCACCAGAGAAUGGAUUGUGUUAUUUGGGACAGAAUCUGCAAUGAAGGACGCCUACAGAGUCUUGAAGUGGGUGGAGCAUGCAGAUAGUGCAGCUGGGAAGAGACAUUAGAGCAUUUAGGUGGAGCUGGACACUGGCCACUCCCCUUGUCUGGUUAUUUCCACUAGCAUGCAAAACUCCCAUGCCUUGGACCAAAGACAAACUGCAAGUAGUUCUUCCAUAGAAGGACAUCAUAUCUGAGGAAUCCAAUAAGGAAAGAAGAACAUGACCUGAAGUGAUAAUGAUGUAUAUCAUUAUAGACCAGCAGUGUUCAGUUUGUGUUACAGUGUUCUAAGCAGUGUUCAGUAUGUGCUAGUGUUCCAAGCAGUGUUCAGUAUGUGCUACAUUGUUCUAAGCAGUGUUCAGUAUGUGCUACACUGUUAUAAGCAGUGUUCAGUAUGUGCUAGUGUUCUAAGCAGUGUUCAGUAUGUGCUACAGUGUUCCAAGCAGUGUUCAGUCUGUGCUACACUGUUAUAAGCAGUGUUCAUUAUGUGCUGCAGUGUUCAGCCCUUGGGGGCUUUGAGAUUUCUCUGUUAAACACAUAAAAGCAGAAGGGACUUUUUGCGGGGAAUUUAAGCAAUGAAAGCCCAUUCUAGUGUC